AUGAGCUCGGAAACACACCGAACAUUCACAACAACCACGACUCGCCAAGACGAUGAUGCAUUUGGUCGAUUGGAGGCGGCUCUAGCACAAAGCCCCGAUGCAGCCGAAUUACAAAUAGCGCAUGUUCGUCCUAUGCCGCUGUCACCUUCCUACUUCUCGCGACAUACGCAAUUCAACGAUAGUUUCGUCCUAGUUCAGGACCUCGCACGGAAAUAUGGGCGACUUCCUUUUCUCCCUCCUGGCCAAGCGCCGCGGGUGGCAUGGAAGACAAAGGAGCAGUACCGUCUGGCAGUUGGUGAAGCAGUGAAAGCAAGAGAUUACGCAGCCUGUAUUGGGCUGGCCAAAAGGUUAAAUCAAAUUCACCCUGAUUUAAUGCCAGAGGAGGUCCAGCAAGGUCUCCGACCGUUCAAAAGAGACAUCAACUUCUAUCUCAAUCGAGCAAAACCUAUUCCGAUCGAUAGGUUUGGCAGGUCGCAUGGUGUUGGGAGGCGGAAAUCUUCAGUUGCGCGAGCAUGGCUUGUACAGGGAACAGGGGAAGUUCUUAUUAACGGAAAGACCCUUAAUGAUGCAUUCGGAAGAGUCCACGACCGAGAAAGCGCACUCUGGGGACUAAAAGUAAUGGACAGAAUGGACAAGUACAACGUCUGGGCUCUUGUAGAGGGUGGUGGAACUACUGGGCAGGCCGAAGCGCUCGCAAUGGCUGUUUCCAAGGCCUUAGCCGUCCACGAACCGGCAUUAAAAACGCCCCUUAAAAAAGCCGGUUGUCUCACUCGUGAUCCGAGGAAAGUCGAAAGGAAGAAGGCUGGUCAUGUCAAAGCGAGAAAGAUGCCCGCCUGGGUCAAGCGAUAG